CAUUUUACGAGAUGACGAUAACGGUGACGGCAGCGACAGCAGCGACAACGACGUGUCCGGGCCGGGGUUGGGGUCACCCUGAAGGGAUCCCCGGUGGCGUUACACCUUCCCCACCACGUCAUUUCACCUUUGAGCUCCCGGUAGGGCCUAGCGGUACCCCUCGGCCCCGCCGCCGGCACCGCCGUGUGCUUUACCCGCCCGCUGUGCGGCGGCCACCCCCCACGGAGGAGCCGAGCGCGGCGAAGCGGCUCCUGGUGCUGCUCUUGGCCGUGGUGAGCGCCCAGGUUUACAGCGCACCCGGUGACGUGACACCCGAGGUGGCUGUGCCACCCACGGAGACGCCCGUGCUGACACCCAAAACACUCGCGACGCCUGCUGUGACAUCACUGCCCGGGCACGGAGAGCUGCUCAGGACUGCUGUGACACCCAACGGGACGCUGGUGUGGACGCCAGCAGCACCCAUGGGUGCUUCCUGCUCUCGUCUGCUGCUGUCACUUGCCCUGCACCCCCACAGCUGCACUGCCCACUGAGGGUCACCGGGACCCUCACCCUGGUCUCAGGGUGGCACCCAAGACUGUCACUUGGGCCUCGGGGUGGCACCCAGCACCCCGCUGUGCCCAUCGCCGUGGACUCGGGGCUGUGCCCAACGUGCCUGUUGUAGUGGCCACGGGGUGGCACCACGCACCCACGGGUGCCCCUGGCCUUGGGGUGGCACCCAGCACCCCAGGUACGCUACGGGGGCCCAUCACCCUGGCCUUAGGGCUGUGAUGGCACCCAGCACCCACGGGUGCCCCUCGCCAUCCACUCCGAGAGUCAUUCGGCACCCAUGGGUUACCCCUACCUCACCUUCGGGGCUGCCCCUAGCACCCAUGGGUGCCCCUCACCCAACCUCGAGGCUGCUCACCUCAUCGCCCCGCCCCCAGGGUAUUUAUUUAUUGCAUUUGUAUUUAUUUUGCGGUUAUUUAAUCGGUGGGUUAUUUAAGUUUAUUUAAUACGGGGGUUAUUUAACAUGUUUUGGGCUUAUUUAAUAAUUAUUCAACAUGAGUUGUUGCUGAGUCGUGAUUGGAACAUUCACAUGGUCGUGGCCCCAGGGGGAGCCCCUAAACCCCCCCAAGCCCCCCCAGAACCCCUCUCCCCCCCCCCCCCCCACUGCCUGCAGUCCUUGCUGCCUGCAACCCCCCCUGCCUGCACCUUUGCUGUUGCCCUCAGAAGAAACAGGCAGGAAGCACUUCCUUCUCCUCAACACGUGAGAAAAAUAGGAUUUUCCAUGUUUUCUACCCCAAUUUCCAGGCUGAGGAGGGGGUGGACAUGCUGCACCCACUUUUUUUGGGGGUGUCCGAUGCUGGGAAUUAAAACCCCAUUUUAGGCAGAAAAACAUCACUUUUUAUCACGAGUCGGCCGCGGGGAUGCACGCGGGCGCCCGGCUCUUGUUUAUUGAACCGACUCGUAGGCGACGCUGGAAUACAAAGUCACAAAAGUAACAAAACAAAAGAAAAUCUAUUAUUAUUAAAAAAAAAAAAAGCUGAAAACAGCUCAAUUUUUUUUUUUUUUUUUUUUUUUUUGGCUCCCAUUUUGCAGGGACACGUUGGGGAAACCGGGCAAACCCCGCGGUUGACUCUGCUCCAUGUGGGAUAAUAAAAGUCUUUCCUCCGAAA